UGAUCCUCCGAGAAACCAUUUGAAAAGAAAAUUAAUUAGUAAAGAAUUAUCUUGAGCAAGAACCCAAUCCAUCCAGGAAUUACCCACUAAUCAUGUUAAGAUCGCAUUCUAUCUUCCUUCUACAGAGCUCUAUAAGAUUCACUCAAAAGGAAAGAGAUGAAGCAGCUGCCCUUAGGUUGAAAAGUCUUGGUCCAUACGUUUCAAAAUUACCAACUUCUUGGAUCCCAUAUGCUGAAUUGGCAAGAUUAGAUAAACCUGUGGGGACUUGGUUAUUAUAUAUCCCAUGUACUUGGUCAAUUCUAAUAGGUGCUCAACAAAUAGGUGCACCAUUAGGCUCUACGUUGGGGAUGUUGGCUAUAUUUGGUACAGGGGCUUUAAUCAUGAGAGGGUUUGGUUGUACUGUUAAUGAUUUAUUAGAUAAAAAUCUUGAUAAUAAAGUGUUGAGAACUAUAGAGAGACCAAUUGCAAGUGGCCGAGUUAGUCCAUUCCAAGCUAAAAUGUUUGCAGGUGGUCAAUUAGCAGCAGGAUUAGCUGUUAUUUUGCAAAUACCUUGGGAUUGUUUCCUUUUAGGUUCUUCAUCAUUAUUCCUUGUUUGUACAUAUCCAUUAUUUAAAAGAUUUACUUAUUAUCCACAAGCUGUGUUAUCAUUAGCCUUCAACUGGGGUGCAUUGUUGGGGUUCCCAGCCAUGGGUGUUUGGGAUCCAAAUGUUAUGAUUCCAUUGUUUUUAUCAAGUUUCUGUUGGACAAUGACUUAUGAUACAAUUUAUGCCCAUCAAGAUAAAAAAUUCGAUAUAAACGCAGGUAUUAAAUCCACUGCAUUGAAAUGGAAAGAUCAUUCAAAGAAAAUCUUUGUUGGAUUAACAGCUACUCAAUUAAGUUUAUUAGCAUUAACUGGUGUAAAUGCUGGAAUAAUUACAGGACCUGGUUUUAUCAUUGGGAGUGGGAUAUUCGCCUAUAGAUUAGUGCAAAUGAUCCGCAAAGUUGAUUUAAAUGAUCCAAAGAGUUGCUGGUCCCAUUUCACAGGGAACAUCAGCUCAGGAUUGUAUUUUUCUUAUGGAUUAUUCUUUGAUUAUUUAUUACAAGUUUUUGGCAUAUUGUGA